AUGGCUCAGCAGCUCGUUGGGCGAAUCACAAUGGAGGUGGCGCCAUCGAAGCUGAGAUCGAUGAUGGACAGACGUGCUAGGCUCCCAAUGAACCUCGACACGAUCGCGGAGGACGACAAGGAGGCGGCCAUGGAGUCACAGUCACCAAGGGCACCGCCCCUGCGCAAUGCGAGCGGCGGCGUGGAGGUCAUCGUCGACACCCCUAUGCACUACUGCGCCGACAAGCUGGCCUUCCUCACCCCCAUGGCGAAGUCCGAGUGCCUGAAGAUCAAAGCCUAA